AAAAUUGAUCAGGCGUAGUAAAGUCCCAAUGUGACAUUCAUGUUCGUCCAUUGUUUACAUACACUUACAACUCUGGUCAAACCGUCAGAAGAUGUGUUAAUUUAACAAUUACUUACAUAGAAAUUCGUGCCAUAUAAUCAUCUCCAAGAUGCCUUGUGAGAUGAUAACACUUCAACUCGGCCAAUGUGGAAAUCAAAUUGGUUUCGAGUUCUGGAAGCGCCUAUGUGCGGAACAUGGUAUAAAUCCAGAUGGCAUAUUAGAAGAUUUUGCAACUGAAGGAGUAGAUCGUAAAGACGUCUUUUUCUACCAAGCUGAUGAUGAGCAUUAUAAACCAAGAUCAAUUCUAGUGGAUUUAGAACCGAGAGUUAUCAAUACAAUUCUGAAUUCUCCUUACUCCAAACUGUACAACCAAGAAAAUGUUUUCUUAUCCAAGAAUGGUGGAGGUGCUGGUAACAAUUGGGCAUCUGGCUAUUCGCAAGGAGAAAAACUCAAUGAAGAGAUAUUUGAUAUUAUUGAUAGAGAGGCUGAUGGAAGUGAUAGCUUGGAAGGAUUUGUUCUCUGUCAUUCUAUUGCUGGAGGAACUGGUUCUGGGAUGGGUUCCAAUAUAUUAGAAAAACUAUCUGAUAGGUUUCCUAAGAAAUUGGUCCAGACUUACAGUGUUUUUCCAAACCUAGAUGAAAUAAGUGAUGUUGUUGUGCAGCCUUACAACUCUUUACUUACACUUAAAAGACUAACGGAAUCAGCUGAUUCUGUUGUGGUCCUGGACAAUACUGCUCUGAAUCGAAUAGCUGCUGAAAGACUGAGAAUUCAAAACCCCACUUUCACCCAAAUAAAUAGUUUAGUUAGCACAAUUAUGACAGUCUCUACUGCUACAUUACGGUAUCCUUCAUAUAUGCAUAACGAUCUCAUGGGACUUUUAGCUCCCCUGAUACCUACACCUCGAUUGCAUUACCUUAUGACAGGGUAUACCCCUCUGACUACAGAUACCACUGAAACUAGUGUUGGAAAAACAACAGUAUUAGACGUAAUGAGAAGACUACUUCAACCAAAAAAUAUGAUGGUGUCAACAACUCAAGAUAAGAAUUCUCAACAUUGUUUUAUCUCUAUACUCAAUAUAAUUCAAGGUGAAGUUGAUCCAACACAGGUACACAAAUCUUUGCAAAGAAUAAGAGAGAGAAAAUUAGCUCAAUUCAUCCCUUGGGGACCAGCUAGUAUAGACGUUGCUCUUUCAAGAAAAUCUCCCUAUAUUCAAACAGCUCAUAGGGUAUCAGGGCUUAUGUUAGCGAAUCACACAAAUAUAAGUUCGUUGUUUGAUAGAGCUCUGAUGCAGUAUGACAAAUUAAGAAAGCGGGAAGCAUUUUUGGAUCAAUUCAGAAAGGAGGAUACAUUCAAAGAAAACCUGAAUGAGUUGGAUAACAGUAGAGAGGUGAUACAGGAUUUGGUUGACGAGUAUAAUGCUGCCACUAGAGAAGAUUACUGUACAUGGACUGGCUGUGAAUAGAGAUUGAAAUGUUGAUUAACAUUGUUCAAAUUAUCAAUAUGAAUUCCAGUUUCAAGGUGAUACGAUUUGUUGCUAUAAAAUAUUAAGAGUUUUAUUUUGUUAAUUUAUUAUGUGAUGUUAGUAUGUUCUCUCUUGUGAUUUUAAUAAAGUAAAUAGUAGUUUCCCAAA